AUGAUUAAUUCCCUAUGCGGAAGCAUGGGUUCCCUCAAGAGUACUGAAGACUCAAGCACCACACCCCAACCAACUUCUCCUGAUGAAUCAUUUUCAGAAUCUAAGAUCAAAACUACUACUACUACUACUACUACAGCUCUACACUCGGAUCUGGAACACAAUAGUCUAACCCCACCAAGCCUCAACUUCCCAACUCUUAAAUUUGACUUGGAUGGAGAUGUUGAAGUCCAAUCGCCAGAUAGUUCUCUUUGGGAAUCCUUUUUCGCUGAUCAGUUGGAUGGCGAUUUUAUGAUUUCGUCACCAGUGAGGAACUUGCCAUCACCACAAACUUCAGCUUACAAUUACAACCACAACUACGCUCAGGCAAUGCAGGUGCAGAGUCUCUCAGGGUACUCUCCUCCUCGCUUCUCAGCUUUCAGCAGCAGCCAAAAAGGAAAGGGACUAAGCCCACUCCAGAGGGUCUUUAACUCGCCAAAGAAUCAGUAUAUGAAACCAGACGGCCUUUCACUGUCAACUAUUGAGGACUUUUUAGAUGAUUAUCAAAGGGAGGAGUUUGGAGCGUACCCGACGACAAAGGUAUUGUCCGGUAUUGGAAGCUCGUCUCAGUGUUUCGAUAUGCCAACCCUGCUUCCCGCAGUGGACGGCUUGACAAUGGCCAAUUCUUCCAGGUUUUGCGGUUCAGUGAAUGAAACAUCGACUCCUGGAGGUUCUCAACUGACCCAAGAGAGGGAUAUUUAUCAAAUAGGCUCUACUGCGGGUGCACCAUUAUCACAACAGCUGCAACAUGAGCGCCAGCAAGAGAAGCAACUGCAGCAAAAGCAGCCACAACCACGAACACAGGAACAACACCAACAGAAUCUUAACCAUAAUAACCUGAUAGUGCCUCUUCCGAUUGACACUGAGCAGGAACAAGAUAGUGGCCUUCAGCUGGUGCACCUCCUUCUAGCUUGUGCUGAAGCAGUUGCGAAAGAAGACUACAUGCUAGCAAGGAGAUACCUCCACCACCUCAAUCGGGUUGUCACACCUCUGGGCGACUCCAUGCAGCGGGUAGCUUCCUGCUUCACCGAAGCCCUAAGUGCAAGACUAGCUGCCACGCUUAGCAAUACAACCAAACCCAGCGCGUCCAUCCCAAAGCCCUUCUCUCCAUUUCUACCAAACUCGCUAGAAAUCCUCAAGAUUUACCAAAUCGUCUACCAGGCUUGCCCUUACAUAAAAUUCGCUCACUUCACCGCCAAUCAAGCUAUAUUUGAGGCCUUUGAAGCCGAAGAACGUGUCCAUGUGAUAGAUUUAGAUAUUCUUCAAGGCUACCAAUGGCCGGCUUUCAUGCAAGCCCUAGCGGCGCGACCUAGCGGGGCUCCAUUUCUCCGUAUAACGGGUGUCGGAGCCUCCAUAGAGGCUGUGAGUGAGACGGGAAGGUGUUUAACAGAGUUAGCUCACUCUCUUCAUAUCCCCUUCGAAUUCCACCCGGUGGGUGAGCAAUUAGAAGACCUUCAAGCACACAUGUUUAACCGACGAGUUGGUGAGGCACUGGCUGUGAAUACCGUAAACCGUCUCCAUCGCGUUCCCGGAAAUUACCUUGGGAACUUACUAACAAUGAUCCGAGACCAAGCUCCCAACAUCGUAACCCUAGUGGAACAAGAAGCAAGCCACAACGGCCCAUACUUUUUGGGUAGGUUUCUUGAGGCACUGCAUUACUACUCGGCUAUUUUUGACUCGCUGGACGCAACCUUUCCACCGGACUCGUCACAGAGAGCGAAGGUGGAGCAGUACAUAUUCGCGCCGGAGAUACGUAACAUAGUGGCGUCUGAGGGGGCAGAGAGGAUAGAGAGGCAUGAGAGGUUGGAGAAGUGGAGGAAGCUAAUGGAAGGGAAGGGAUUCAAGGGAGUGCCACUGAGUGCCAACGCGGUGACACAGUCGAAGAUAUUGCUGGGUUUGUAUUCUUGUGAUGGGUAUAGGCUGACUGAGGACAUGGGUUGUUUGCUCUUAGGGUGGCAAGAUAGGUCCCUUAUUGCAGCUUCUGCAUGGCGAUGCUGA